UCAUUGCCCGUUAGUCAUCGGUACUAGCAACAGAAUGAACCAUCUCUCCCUACCACCCUGCCCACCCGCCAGACCAGGCCGUACCGGAAGUAAUAGGCACGGAAAAGUUGAUGGAAAUAUUUAUCUACGCAGCAAACCGUUCAACCAUAAUCACCAUGGUAACUAGAAAGCGUACACACAGAAAAUGCCGCACUGUUCGCAAUCAAUAAUGGCGUUCAAGGAUGUGCGAGGUAAGUGUGUUCCGGAGAAUUCGGUUAAAUGUUACCAUGUCUGCGUUCAUUUCCCUUUUGUAGAUCUUGCCGAGCAACUAAAACUGCUUGGCUAUCCAAACAACAUUCCCAUCUCGGUGCUUAACACUCCGUACGGGGGUCCGGAAAGCUUCAAAGCCUACUCGGACAUUCUGCAAUGGCUGAUCAAUCGGUUGGAGCCGAAUUUGGUGCUGAGCGGUGGCACCCGCACGGAACAGGAACGGAUCCAGUUCGUCCGGUCGGCUACCGAAUUUUUGGUGACCAAAUCGAGCAUCAAAAUAAAUCCCCGCAAACUGUACGCCAGCUCGGUGGCGGCGGCCAAAGAACUGCUCAAGGUAACUACGCUGCUAAUCUCAUCGCCCAAAGUAACCGGACAUGAGGAGGAGCAAAUAAAAUCGCACGUCGAGAUCGAUCUGUCCGACAAAAUCGAUGACCUGAAGAAGGUGCGUGGCCUAUCGUCCGAGCUUACUAACCGUGGUGCAGCGCUGUACGAUUUGCUAAAGAAGGAACUGAUCAACCGCGAAAUACGGAACGUCCAGUCGACACGUUCGCUGGAGCUGGUAACUACGGAGAAGAUAAUCAAGAACGCUAUUGCCUCGCUACAGUCCAAGCUUGCCAGUUCGAAGGCAGUGCUGGAAGGGUUAAAGGCGGACAACGCUAACCUGGCGUCGAAAAUUUCGCGCAAAGCGUCCGAGCUGGAACGGUCCCGGCAGCGGCUGCAAGCGCUGCAGAAAGUGCGGCCCGCAUAUUUGGAGGAGUUUGAAAAGCUGGAGCUGGAGCUGAAGGGUAUGUACGAGCAGUACAUCGUGCGGAUAAGGUGUGUGGAUGCGCUGCGGUCCCAGCUGAUCAGCAAAAACCGUACGCCGACACCGACCUCCCCGGUGGCCCGCAUCACGGACAGCAGCAUGACGAUACUGCCGGAAGGGUUGAUCGAGUCGGAGGAUGAAAACGACGAGGAUGAUGAUUUCGACGAGCGGGACGAUGUGAAGCUGAAGACGGACCGGCGCAUCUUGAGGAGUGAGCUACUUAAUCGCGAUCGUGGCUCUACCAGGUUUAGGUCGCGCAUCGACGGGGCCUCGCCGAGCGGCAAAGAUCGGUCGAAAAUGAUUGGAAGCAUUGAGGAUGAGCUCGGACCGCUGGACAGCUCGAUGAGCUCGGAAGAGUCGGAAAGUGAGCUCGAAAUGGGAGGCAAUCGCUUGAUCGAUGGCAGCCUGCGUACCGAUGACGAUGAGGAUGAAAGUCUCGCAAAAAUGCCCAGAGAAAGCUCCACCAUCAACAGGGGCGCGAAAGUGGAUCUCAGCGAUGAGGACUUUUAAAGUGCGCUCGGAUCCGGGAGUAGUUUGGCGUUUUAUUUCAUUAUCCAUUUUCGCAACAUUCAAACCUUUUCCUCCUGUAUCUCUCUCUCUCUAUCUCGCUUAAAUCAAACAUGCACUGAAAACAUAGUAAAACAUAGUUUAUACAAAUACUAUACAAAAACA